AUGUGGCUGGUUUUGUGGUUAUUUGGUAUUGCAAUCAGCUGUAUUUCCACGUCUCAGCUGCAGCAGCACACAGGCGAACAUUUCUAUGCGGCGGCAUUCAAUAACUCGUGGAUGGAUCCAAAACGUUGCCAUCUCACUGACUUUGUAAAGGGUGUAUUUUGUAAAUCUCACCUGAAGGUGGUUCAUGUCUACCAUGAAACGGAUUUGUCCCUGAGAUAUUCCGGACAGAUAUUAAGGGAUUUGAAUGAUUGCGGCAUAUCCUAUGUGGCCUUAAGAAAUGAUCAGCAAUAUUCACAUUUGAAAAUCAUCUCAGAUGAUGGCAUUCUCCUCCACCUGGUAAUAAUUUUACGUGACAUAACCCAAAUCAUGGAUCUCAGCAUAAUUCGCAAGAAAUCCGCCGCCAAACACUUGACCUAUAUAAUGAUUUUGAUUCAGGACUCCCACUCGGUGACGGAGAAAUGGCUGCUGACAACAUUUCAGAAUUUCUGGAAAAUGUGGAUACUCAAUGUCGUUGUUAUCUAUACUGAAUCAAGGAACCGCUAUAUUCUGGUGUAUCGUUACGAUCCAUUCGCCAAACAAUUAAGUCGUCGCAUUGCUUUGGGACCCAGACAUUUUGAUUUAGAUAAUCUCUAUCCCAAGGAUAUGCUAAACAUGAGAGGAAGUCCUUUGCAAAUUUGCCUCUAUCAGGAUAAUAUUCGAACGAUUUUCCAAAAUGGUAAUGCAAACAUCAUGGGCACCGAUGGCCUCAUGACGACAUAUUUAGUGGAACGUCUGAAUGCCACUCCCAUUGUGAGGCGCAUCGGAAGCUAUGGCAAUGAUUCCAUCAGUGAGGAUCUAUGCUUCAAGGAGACCUUCAAUGAAAUCGACGACGUUGCCACAAAUAUUCGUUUCCUGUCGUUGGAAACUUUUUAUGGCCGCGUUGAGUACACCAUUGUUCUGAAUCGUGAUGAUCUAUGUGUUCUGAUACCCAAGGCCAAGAUAGCUUCGUCAUUUUGGAAUCUGUUUCGUUCUUUCAGUAUCAGUGUUUGGGCUUUAAUCUGCGUCAGUUUGGCCAUGGCGUACCUCUUUUGUUUACUCAUCUAUCGGAACAUCUUCGCUGGCGACAAGCUAUUGUUGGACCUCCUGGCCUGCAUUAUUUCAACACCACGUGCCAAGCUACAGAAAUCCAGAAUGUCCGCACGACUCUUCUUUUAUGUUUGGCUAGUCUAUGGUCUCCUCAUAUCGGCCGCAUUCAAGGGCAACUUGACCAGUAAUCUUGUGGACCGAGAGUAUUUACCGGAUGUAAAUACUCUGCAAGAAUUGGCGGAAUCUAAAUAUCCCCUGGCAACAUUGCCACGGCACAUAAAACACCUGAAUCGCUAUUUGGAUCUGCAUAAACCGUCCGAGGCAAUGCUGAGGCAAAAGAUUGUACCCCUACCCGAUGCCUUUUUCAAUGAACUCAUUGACAGCAAUAAUCUCUCCUAUGCCUAUUUGCAGAAAAAUCACAUUUCAGUAUUCCGGGCAAAUUCCCGUAAACAUUCACUGGGUGGAAAGCCCUGUUACCAUGCCAUGGCCCAGUGCAUUGUUCCGUUCCAUGCCGUCUAUAUCGUACCCUAUGGAUCACCCUAUUUGGGCUAUAUAAAUAGAUUGAUACGCAAUUCGCAAGAAUUCGGAUAUCUUCAUUACUGGGACAGUAUGAUGAGCGCUGUCUUUCGAAGGUCUCGUCGGAAUGGCCAACUGCAAAGACGUGACGACAGUGAACCUGAAGUUUUGCAGUUGUUCCACUUUCAGGCUGCCUACUGCUUUUGGGCUAUGGGUUUGUUAAUUGCUGGCGUUUAUUUUCUUUGGGAAAUGAUUAAUGCAAGGGUGGCAUUUUGA